AAAAAUAUCAACAGCUGUCAGUUGUCAACCGCAUUGACACUUGACAGCUUUGUGUGUCCGAUCGACCCAUUAAAUUUUUUGAUCAAAUUUACCACUGGUAUUGAAGUUAAAAACAUGGUGCAAGAUAGCAACCCUCCUGACGAUAACUUAUUCAGAUCUUUUGUGAAUGCCGUUUGCAAUACAAUUGACGCACCGGCGAUAUGGUUCCGAGAGAAGAUAGUGGAGCCUAACCAGAAGAAGUACCCGUGGUACCACCAGAAGUUCCGCCGCGUGCCGACCAUCGAUCAGUGCUAUGACGACGACGUUGUUUGCGACUAUGAAGCUAAUAUGCAAUUCAAAAGAGAUAGAAUGGUAGAUUCUGAAAUCCUGAGCAUCCUGCGUCAACGCUUUGAGGACUGCAUGUUGUAUGAGCAGCCAGACCAACUUACCAUGUGCAAGCCUUUGUGGGACAAGUAUAAUGAUGCUGAAGAAGCAUGGUUUAUUAAAUAUGGUGAUCUCGGAGCGUACGGAGACGCAAGGAAAGCGUACAUGAAGCAGAAACACCGCAUGAUCUGGGAGAGACGUCAUGGAAACCUGUCCAACCUCACCAAGUGAUGCGCCUCAGUUUGAAUGUUAUAUGUAGUUGUUAUUUGUGAUUAAAAUAUAUAAUAAUAAAAUGCA